AUGCCGACAUCCGUGCGCACGAUCCGCAAUGCUGCGACCUUUGCUGCAGUUGUGUACCUCCUCGUGCAGCUCACUUUGUCACCGCCACACGGCAGCAACGACACAGUGAACCUAAACUUGACGCCGCAAGAUGCCACCUUUGUACAACAGUGUACGCGGUACUGCGACCAUCACCAAGUGCGCCGAGCGAGGUGCGACGACGAUCCAAUGCUACUCUGCGAGAACCUUUGCGUGGAUUUGCAAGCCAACAUGUCGUACCACUCCUCCAUGUGGGGCUCAUCAACGCUUUUGGCAGCCUGUGACGCAGCAUGCACGGCGUCGUCUCCACAAUUUUGUCAAGGACAAGUCUCGCACAUUGCACUUUGCGAGGCGGCGGCCAUCGCGCGAGCUCAACACGACAAACAAGAUCUUGGCGACGUCUAUGUAGCGCUGCAAGCAAGCCCAUCGAUCGUCUCCGUGCUUCUCUUGAUUGUGAUUUCGACGACCGACAUUCUCGUUGCGAUUGCUGCGUAUAAGGCCUCACUGUUUGAGACGAGCGACGCCACGUUUGAGCCCGACUCGCUCGAUGCAACGGCGUCUCUUGUGCGCAAAGCGUUGCGCGCUGCCGAGUCGCCAGAGCACGUACUCAUCGUAUCCAAAACAGCAUUCGAGGUUCGUAGCCUUCUCUUCGACAACUCGUGCGACCAAGCGCUUGGCGUCAUUUUGGCGCUGCAAUUUCUCAGCUGCGUGAUUCAUGUAUGCGCAAAGAAGUCUCUGGUGCAGUUCCCAACUAUUACGAUUGACUUUGGGCAACCUGCACACGAUCAAAAAUUUGCUGGCACGGCCGAUCAGAAAAACCAAGGCCCACCCCAUGCAUUAGACACCGCCACAACCGCGACAACAGGGCAGAGCCGUACGGAUUCCAACUACGACAAAAGAAUUCCACCGAUAGAAACAACAAAUCAAGCGCCCCAUCAGCCUACAACGCAGUCUCAUUGCGAAGUCCAGUCGCAAACUACGUUGCCACCGACUCAAGUGUCGCCAGUACCUCCAACAGCCAAGCCUCUCAGUCGUCUAGCGAGAUUUGGAAUCGGCAAGUAA